AACUGCCAUGCAUAUAAUAGUCCCGACAUUAUCCAAGCACCAGGAGAUGUUAUAUCACCAACGCAAGCAGCCCAGCCCAUUAACGGUGUGAUCCACCUCAGCUGAUUCGAAAUCCCCAUUACGUGCCAAUUCAUAGAAAUGACGAGCAGAGGAUAGAAACGGUGCAAUUGCAGGUGAACGCCGCUGUUUUACCGACACGAAAUUCGGAGUUGAGCCUCGAUGCUAUCGUUGGUGAUUAGAUCAGUGGUGCAGUUGUUUACAUAUUGAUAUACGCAUCGAAGAUAGAGAAGAAAGACGGGACGUGGCGAGACGUGGCAAGGAGCCUGGAGGAAACGGAGAACAACGGAGACGGAGACGAAGACGAAGACGAAGACGAAGACGAAGAAAGGAAAGAAGAAUGAUAAGGUUAUAUCAGUGUAUGUUCCAUCAUGGUUAAUAGCUUUUCGUUUUAAUCAGAGUAUCGUUGAUAUUGCAGAGAAAAGAUCGCAAAGAAUUAAGUGUAAAGGAAGAAUUAGAUGGGAUUAUUAAAUAACGGCAGACCAGAUCGAUCGGUAUGUCGUUGAAAGAUCAAAAUGUGAUGUUUGCACGAGUUGGUUCCGCCCUCUUUUAUGGGUUAUCAUCGUUUAUGAUUACGGUCGUAAAUAAGACGGUCUUGACAUCGUUCGAAUUCCCGUCGUUUCAAGUACUUGGUAUAGGACAAAUGUUGGCUACCAUUGCGUUGCUGUUCGCUGCGAAAAAGUUACGCUACGUCGAAUUUCCUAACCUAGAAGCGACAACGUUCGUCAAGAUAUGGCCAUUACCGGUGAUCUACAUCGGUAACAUGAUCUUUGGAUUAGGUGGCACCAAGCAGCUGAGCCUUCCAAUGUUUACGGCGCUUAGACGAUUCAGUAUUUUGAUGACGAUGAUCGCCGAAUAUUACGUUCUCGCAGCAAGGCCGCGCCUCUCCGUACAGCUGAGCGUCUACACGAUGAUCAUCGGGGCAAUAGUGGCAGCAUUGAACGAUCUCGCAUUCAGUUUCAAAGGCUAUGUCUUUAUCCUGCUCAACGACUUUUUCACCGCGGUUAAUGGUGUCUACAUGAAGAAAAAAUUGGACAACAAGGAACUAGGAAAAUACGGACUCAUGUACUAUAAUUCGUUGUUUAUGAUCGUUCCGGCGAUCGUGUUAGCUUGCUCGAUGGGAGACGCACGUUCCGUACUGGAAUUUCCAUAUUGGUGCAACGUUUUCUUUCUCGUACAAUUUGGACUUUCGUGCGUGAUGGGGUUUGUGCUGUCCUACAGCAUGAUCCUUUGUACCCUUUACAACUCUGCGUUGACCACAACCAUUAUUGGAUGUUUAAAAAACAUAUGCGUUACCUAUCUCGGAAUGGUUAUCGGCGGCGAUUAUAUAUUUACGUGGCUAAAUUUCUUAGGAUUAAAUUUGAGCGUUGUCGGUAGUUUGGUUUACACUUGGGUGACGUUCCGCAGAAGAGAGCCCGUAGAACCAAAGUAUUCUCCGCUUGCCGAGGAUCAAGCGUCAAAAGUUUUAGCUGUAUGAUCUGAUAUCCUAGUGCGUUCAAAACGCAAUUCGCGAUGCACCUUACCUCCUCUCUUUCAGUUCACUCGGCGACGAAUGCGGUACUCGUUCUGUUCUGUUCUGUUCUUUUCUUUUAUUUUCUUUUAUUUUCUUUUCUCUCUUUGGGUCAGCUCGGAAAAAAGGGACGAGCAGCGUGUACGACAGCAUCGACGCGAGUGGCAUCGUACCAAAGCAAACGAAUCUCUCUCUCGUUACCGAACAGAUAAACGUGUAUGUACACGGUUAUUAUAGUGCCAUAACGUAUUUGUUAAAUGGACAACGUGUUCCUUUGUAAAAUAAAACUUGUACAUACAUAUAUAUAUAUGUAGACGAAGAGAUUUUUAAAAGGUGUACAUACAUAAGGAGUGUUAGCGAAAGAAAGAAAGAAAUAAAGAAAUAAAU